GGUGGGUGAGGGGAAGGGGCCCCUGAUUGCAGCACCAAGGACAGCUCACACAUCACUACAGCUUGGGGACUCCCUUUACAAAGCGCGUUCAAGCUUAGCUCCGGCGCGGGCCCGACAGCAGCAGUUUAAUGCUCGCCCCCGCUCGGGACCCUCCUCCAUUCAAAGCAGCCAAGGAGCAGCUUCUCCGCACAGCUACUGCUGCAGCAACAUCUCCGCACCUGCGACUCCGGCAGCCUCUGCAGCAUCUCCCGCUCCUGAAGGUGGUCGUUACAAUUAAAAUCGCAGCAACUAUGGGAACUACCCUGGCAUCUUGCAGAAAGAAAAUCCUUCUCUUCUUUACCCUGGUGCUAUGGGAAUCAUCCAGCCAAGUUCUGGGGGAUACCGUGGAUAAUGAUGCAAAGAACAACAUUACCAUCUUUACAAGGAUUCUAGAUAGACUUCUAGAUGGCUAUGAUAAUCGCCUGAGGCCUGGGCUAGGAGACCGAGUAACAGAAGUCCACACUGAUAUCUACGUGACAAGCUUUGGUCCUGUUUCUGAUACAGAUAUGGAAUAUACAAUUGAUGUCUUUUUUCGUCAAAACUGGCAAGAUGAACGACUGAGAUUUAAAGGGCCAAUGCAUAUCCUUCGACUAAACAACCUUAUGGCAAAUAAAAUUUGGACUCCGGACACGUUCUUCCAUAAUGGAAAGAAGUCUAUAGCCCACAACAUGACCAUGCCAAAUAAGCUGUUAAGAAUUCAAGAUGAUGGAACUCUCUUGUAUACAAUGAGGCUGACUGUCCAAGCUGAAUGUCCCAUGCAUUUGGAAGAUUUUCCCAUGGAUGCUCAUGCUUGCCCAUUAAAAUUUGGAAGCUAUGCCUACACAACUUCUGAAGUGACCUAUGUAUGGACACGGAAUGCCACAGAUUCUGUAGUGGUUGCACCAGAUGGAUCUCGUUUAAAUCAGUAUGUGCUUUUGGGCCAUUUAGUUGGAAAAGAGACCAUUAAAUCCAGCACAGGUGAAUACACAGUGAUGACAACGCAUUUUCAUUUGAAAAGAAAGAUUGGCUACUUUGUGAUCCAGACGUACCUGCCCUGCAUCAUGACCGUUAUUUUGUCCCAGGUGUCUUUUUGGUUGAACAGAGAGUCUGUACCUGCAAGGACAGUGUUUGGUGUUACCACUGUAUUGACAAUGACAACACUCAGUAUCAGUGCCAGAAACUCUCUUCCAAAAGUGGCCUAUGCGACAGCCAUGGACUGGUUCAUUGCAGUCUGCUAUGCUUUUGUAUUUUCUGCUUUAAUAGAGUUUGCAACUGUCAACUACUUUACCAAGAGAGGAUGGGCUUGGGAUGGAAAAAGUGUUGUCAAUGACAAGAAAAAAGAGAAGGCUUCAGUGAUAAAGAAAAACAAUGCCUAUGCAGUGGCUGUUGCAAAUUACGCUCCGAACAUCACGAAAGAUUCCGCUCUGCCAACAAUAUCUAAAAGUGCAACCGCAGAUCCGAACAAAGCGAAACCACAGGAGGCAAAGAAAACAUUUAACAGCGUCAGUAAAAUUGACAGGAUGUCUAGAAUAGUCUUUCCACUUUUAUUCGGUACAUUCAAUUUGGUCUACUGGGCGACUUAUCUGAAUAGGGAAUUUGCCAUUGAAGGGCUGGUAUUAUCGAAAUAGGAAUAGGAAUUUGCUAACACUCCAUUAGCAUCUUCAGUCUCAGAUUGUUUUAGUAUGUAUUACUAAUAAACUGAUUUGUUCAUUGAAA